CCUUCAGAGUCACACAACAGUUGGGAGCUUCCCUUCAGGCCAGACGAUUGUCUUGGAAACAUUUCUGAAGACGAUGGAAACUACAACGUUUGAUUACGACUACAGUAAUUACAGUGAUGACGGUGUUGGACCGGUCCAACCAUGUAGCAGGGACGGUGACAACAACCUGGGAUCUCAGCUAUCCGUCCUCUACUACUUUAUGUUCGUCUUCAGUCUCUUAGGCAACGGACUGCUCCUGGUCAUCAUCCAUCGGUUUGAGAGGCUGACCACUGUGACCAACAUCUUGCUGCUGAACCUGGUCUUGUCCUCUGUGAUCUUCAUGAGCAGCCUUCCCUUCUUGGGUGUCUACAUGCAGCUCACCACCUGGAUCUUUGGCAAACUUAUGUGCAAGAUUGUUGGUAGUGUCUACUACCUGGGUUUCUACAGCUCCGUCCUCUUCCUCACUCUUCUGACCUUCGACCGACACCUUGCAGUUGUGUACUCCUUGGAGGCGUCACAUGUGAGGAACCGAAACUACGCUGUGAUCUCCUGUGGUGUGGUGUGGCUGGUCAGUGGCUUGGCGUGCAUCAGACCCAUGAUUCUCCACACCACUUUUGUUUAUAUUGACAACAAAACCUACUGUGAUGAGUAUCCAGGUGACCUUCCUAAUAUUAAUGUUAGUCAGCUGAGAAUGUCUGGAUUUUACCUUCAGCUUUUCCUUUUCUUGAUCUUUCCUCUGGCUGUUAUUAUCUACUGCUACGUUAGGAUUGCAAUCACUGUCAUGUCAUCCAAGAUAGUCACCAAGUUCAAGACAGUCAGGCUGAUUUUUGUCGUUGUACUGUUGUUUUUCAUUUGCUGGAUCCCUUUCAACGUUGUAACGCUGAUGCAUGAUGAAGCCACUAGCUGUGAGAAACAACAGAAGCUGGGCUAUGCACUUCAAAUGACUCGUAACAAUGCCUACAUUUACUUUUGCAUCAGUCCCAUCUUCUACACAUUUGUAGGGAAAAAAUUCCAGAACUAUUUCCGACAGCUGCUGGUUAAACGCUUCCCGAGCUUAAAGCGCUACAUUUCUGUCAGUCAAUACAGCAGAACCAACAUGUCCACAAAAAGUACACCAAAUGAGGUGUAGGGAUGGGAAGGUUUUGCAAACAACUGGAGAAGUUUGCUUUCUUUAAGGUGGACAUCACUGAAAUCUUAGCACAGUUUAGUUCACACUCUGGUUGGAUUAACUGUGGCCAAUCCAAAUGAACUUGCUAUAGAACAAUUUCAUGAGAUGAACUUUAGCUUUCCAAGAGCUAAUGACGAGGAAGUUUCGCAGAGGAAAAAAGAUCUUGUGCACCAACGUCCGAAGCAUCUUGGGCUGCACCAUCUAGAUCAGAGGAAACAAAAACAGGACAAAAUAUUUAAAAAACAAGACACAAAAUGACAAAAAUGAGACACAAAAUGACAAAAAAUGAGAGACACAACAUGAAACAAUACAAAAAAAGAGACAAAAAAUUGACAAAAAAGUUACAAAGCAACAAAAAAUGGACAAAAAAAACUAGAUCAAAAAUGACAAAAACAACAAUUAAAACAACAAAAAAGUAGACAAACAACACUAGUGAGACCAAAAGGAAACAGAAAUGACAAAAAUGAGAAACAAAACAAAAAGGCAAACAAAGACAAAAAACAACAAAAAUCAGACAAAAUAUUACAAAAAUGAGACACAAAAGAACAAUGAACAAUCUCGUAUUUUACUUUAUGAUCAAAACAACUUGUUAGGGUCAAAAAAUUAUGUUAAAUUUUUUUUUUACUAAUGACUUAAUGUCUUCUCUGGAGUUUUUACACUUUGAGGGCCAGAUUGGACCCUCUGGAGGACCUCUGGAAGGCCGCUUUUGGCCUGCGGGCCGCAUGUUUGACAACCCUGAUCGAGAUUAUUUUCUCCUACAAAUGACAAACCAAUGUGUUCGUAGUUGCUGGUUAAAAAAAUUUGAGUGCAUAAUAAUACUUAAAAUAUACGCUAGCAUACAGUACUUGAGCAAUCAGAAAAUGAUCAAAUUAAGGGUAAUUCAUUAAGUACAGAAAAAUUAGACCAGAAAGGGAUCAUUUGUUCCUUAAAUAUCUGGUGUAUAAAAGGCUCUAGAUGCUAUUCAAAAAGCAUUUUUUGUCAUCAUGCUGCAUUUGUUGUUAUUUUAUUGAUUGUCUCUGACAGUUAAAGUAUCAAAAAUGAUACUUGCCCACGUCUUACUCAAAUGUCAGCAGAAAUUGCAAAAAAAAAAAAAAAGACUGCAAGGCCAAAAUCAGUUUUUUUUAAACAAAUUUAUGUAGCAGUAAAUGUAGGAUUAAAUUACAGAUUGACUCUUUUCACAGUUGAGCAGCAGGAUAUUCAAAUACAUUGUGCAUUAUUGAAAACAGUGGCUCUGCAAACUCACUGCCCAGGUAUUGUUCAUAUGUCCUUGAAUCUGUUUGUGACUAUACUUGUGACUUUAAUUGAUUUUGUCCAUAUCUGAAUCUUGUAUUGUUUGUUCAUUUUUUAAAAGCUUAUUAUCAUAUAUUCUGUGUAUGGUGAAUCAAAAAAUGCUUUUACAUUAUAUAAAAAACCACAAUGAUCACAUGUUGUUUUUAUUUUUAUGUUUUUUUGUCCAACUACUCAAGUUUUGUAUGAAGUUCGUCUAACAUGGAGAGAAAACAGUGAGUAGGCCACACCAAAUACAGGACUGAAGAGCUUCAUAACUGCUUGGUGUUUGUUUCAUAUAGCUCCUGUAGCUGUUUGUUGAAAUCAAAAAUACUCGAUUAAAUCAACCUUUUCAAAUCUGCA